CCGCCAGCGCCAGUCAUCGAGCGGCGGCCGUCUGAGAUGCUACUGUGAAGCUUUAAGUGAUACGUUUCGAUUCAUGUGACAUGCGCGCUCAUAUUAUAUCAUACUUUGAAUAAAAACAAACAUACGAAUUGGAUUUCAGUGAUCAAAUUCUGUGAUAGUGUACUCUAUACAUUCUAGUAUACUUACAAGUUUUAUGAAACGGUUUCUUUACGCUUGUGCUGUGUUUAUAUGUCGGGAUCGCGGCGCCCGAUCCGUCGCCGUGUUAGAGGGACAUCGCCCUCCAAGAGUUUGUAAAGAGAUGAAGCGGCGGGCGCGGUCGGGCGGCGCGGCGCGGUGAGGCCGGCGAUGGAUCACGCGGUGAAGGCGAUGUCGGCGCGCGGGCCGUUCGCGCGGCUGCUCGCGCGCCGCCGCUUCGAGUCGGCCGAGCUGGAGGAGCUGUACGCGCGCUACGCCUGCAAGCUGCAGCGCACCUCCGUCGGCUCGGCGCUGGCGCUGUGGGCGGUGCUGGCGGCGGCGCUGGCGGCCGUCGACGCCACCCGCGGCUGGCGGAGAGCACCACAGGUGGGCGUGCUGAGCGCGCACGCUGUGCUGUGCGGCGGGUUGGCGUGGUGGUGCGGGCGCUCGGGCGGCACACCUGAGCGGCGCUUACCUCGCGCGUGUUGGCUGGCGCUGGCGGGCGGCGGCACGGCGCUGGCCGCCACGCUGCCCGCCUGGAGCCCUGGCGCCGCGGCCGAGGGGGCGGCGCACGUGGUGUGGGCCGUGUUCGCUGCUUACGCGCUGCUGCCGGUCGGCGCGCCCGUCGCUGUCGCCUUUGGUCUGCUGCUGCCCGCGGCGCAUACUGUCGCCGCCGCGCUCGUCGCGUAUCGCUUCCCGUACCACGUGUGGCAACAGCUGCUGGGCAACGUGGUGGUGUUUGUGUGCGUGAACGUGGUUGGCGCGCUCAUGCACUCGCUCAUGGAGAACGCGCAGCGCCGCGCCUUCCUCGACACCAGGAACUGUAUUGCAGCACGACUCGACAUGGAAGACGAAAACGAAAAACUGGAACGAUUGCUGCUAUCCGUACUUCCGCAGCAUGUCGCCAUGGAGAUGAAGAACGACAUAAUAUCGCCUGUCGAGGGACAGUUCCACAAGAUUUACAUACAGAAGCACGAGCAAGUCAGUAUCCUGUUCGCCGAUAUAGUGGGAUUCACGGUGCUAGCGUCGCAGUGCAGUGCGCAGGAGCUGGUGCGGCUACUGAACGAACUAUUCGGUAGAUUCGACCAGCUGGCUAACGACAAUCACUGCCUACGUAUAAAGAUCCUGGGCGACUGUUACUACUGCGUGUCCGGGCUACCAGACCCUCGCUCUGACCACGCGCGCUGCACCGUCGAAAUGGGACUGGAUAUGAUCGAUGCGAUUGCGUCCGUAGUAGAAGCGACAGACGUGCAAUUGAACAUGCGUGUUGGGAUACACACGGGACGGGUGCUCUGCGGCGUGCUCGGUCUUCGCAAGUGGCAGUACGACGUGUGGUCCAACGAUGUGACGCUGGCCAACAACAUGGAGGCUGGAGGUGAACCGGGCCGAGUACACAUAACGCAAGCGACCCUGGAAUGUCUCGGAGGUGCUUACGAAGUGGAACCUGGUCACGGCUCCACCAGAAACGCGUACUUGCGUGAUCACUCUAUCCAGACAUAUUUUAUCAUCCCCCCACCUCGACGGCGAAAAAUGUGCCUGUCAGCAGGACUGGGGUCAGGGUCCCGUCGUAAGCUCUCUUUCAAAAACGUGUCCAACGUUGUGGUCCAACUGUUGCAUUCGAUAAAAUUCAACGUAGACGUGCCUUUUUCCAACAUGGCCGCCUCGCCUCAGGAACUUAAGGCAAAUGCUGCCAGAAAGGUGAUGGACCUGAAGCGCGCGCUGCACGCGGAGCCGGGCUCGGCGGAGGCGCUGCGGCUGGCGGCGCUGCGCGGCGAGCACGUGAGCGGGAGCACCCCCGCCCCCGCAGCCCCCGCCGCCCCCUCCACCGCCCCGCACCACCACACCUUCGACGCGGUCAUGCAGCACCACGCCCUGCGCACACACGCAACGAAUAAAGUGACGGAGAAGUCUAAGCGGUUGGUGAAAAAGCGUCACUCGUCUGUGUACCACCAGCCCUCCAACCGCGUCAACAAGUUCCUGGCGCAGGCAAUCGACGCACGCUCCGUCCACCGGGAGAAAGCUAUCCACGUUCAUCUCCUCACACUUUGCUUCAAAGACGCUGCCAAAGAAACACAGUAUAGAGCAUCAACAGAUGGUGGAUGGGCGGGGUCACUCAGCGCUGCGCUAGGAGCGCUCGUAGCAGCUGGGACCUUACAGGCUGCCAUACUGCCUCGCACUACCAUCCUUUUGCUGCUCUUCGUGACAGCGUUCGCUUGGUCCGCCGCUGUGCUGGCUCUAACACUGGCUGCUCGGCUGAGGCUCAUCCCCUGCGAUGUGUCCCGACCAUUCGCUCUGAGGAACGCUAUCACGACCUUCACUAUUGUACUGGGCUACGCGGUGGGGCAGGUUAAUGUUUUUCCCCAAUUUCAGAUAACGUGUCACGAGGUCAACGUAUGCGCGAACCUUACUGACAAUAUAACGAUGGAUACCAUUCGUUCCACAUCGGGCGAGCUGGCUUCCAAUCUAUGGAGUAGCACGGACCACCUGGCCUGUCCCAUUCCGUUGUACAUCACCCUGGGUUGCUGCCUCAGUAUGCUGGCGGUGGCAGUGUUUCUGCGGCUACCCAUCCUGGUGAAGGGGGUAUUGCUGGCUGUGAUGACGACUGGAUAUGUGGCCGUUAUAUUGCUAUACCAUAAACAUAUCUUCGACUGCUAUGAUCUUAUGACGGAUCCCGGCGCGGUCGGCUCGGCGUACAUAGCGUCCGCGUGGACGCUCGCUCUGGCGGUGGCAGUGUUGCUGCACGCGCGGCAGACCGAGUGGACGGCGCGCCUCGACUUCCUCUGGCAGGUGCAGGCGCGCGACGAGAAGAGGGACAUGGACGCGUUGCAGGCAUCGAACCGGAGAAUACUGUUCAAUCUACUGCCAGCGCACGUUGCGACACAUUUCCUGGACCAGUUUAGGACAAACAUGGAGCUUUACCACCAGUCGUACCAACGCGUUGGCGUGGUGUUCGCUUCUAUCACCAACUACCACGAGUUCUAUAUGGAGCUGGACGGCAACAACCAGGGCAUGGAGUGCUUGCGACUACUCAACGAGAUCAUUGCCGACUUUGACGAGUUAUUAGGCGAUGAUCAUUUCAGUGCAAUAGAUAAAAUAAAAACUGUUGGGUCGACAUACAUGGCUGCCGUUGGGCUCAUUCCCGACAAAAAGAUGUCCGACGAUCCGAGCACUCAGAAACAUAUGGCUACGCUGGUAGAAUUCGUGUUCGCAAUGCGAGACAAACUCAAAGAUAUCAAUGACAAUUCCUAUAAUAAUUUCAUGCUACGAGUCGGCAUUAAUGUUGGGCCAGUGGUGGCUGGUGUCAUAGGGGCUAGAAAACCUCAGUACGACAUUUGGGGCAACACAGUCAACGUGGCCUCUCGAAUGGACUCUACAGGGUUACCAAAUCACACGCAGGUUACGGAGGAAGUUUUUCAGGUGCUAAAAGAUAUGCCUUAUCAAUUCGUGUGUCGAGGCAAAGUGAAAGUGAAAGGCAAAGGCGAGAUGACUACUUACUUUUUAACCGAUAGAGCGCAAUCGAGUGGCGCCGCUCCGAGUAACUCAAACGGCCAGCCGCAGAAUCCACCGACCAUGUACGGUGGUGUAGCGACACCGCUGGCGAUGUUACAAAAUUCAGCGAGACGGGCUGCAGCGCAACCGUCGAGGCUGCCUCCCCUCAGAGAGACCUCUGUGACUGGGGAAAAUGAGCCUUUACUACCUUCGAACGGUCACCAAAGCAACGGUAACAACCACAAAGGCAGCAAAGGACGGAGAAAUAAGGAGCCAGAAGACACACCACCGCCUCCCCCGCCGCAUGGAGUGAAUGGAAAUCCUCGGUGGCCUCCGCCCAGAGCGUUGGUCCCGCCGUGGCCGCGACCACAAGAACCGCGUCCACCAGCCGUUCACAAAAGGAGACCUCCGACCAGAUUACCGAGACCGCGGUCUAGUGAAAGUCUACCUCUGGCGAGAAGUCCGAGGGUGCAUUCGUCCGCAGACGAAUUAAGCUCUCUAACCCGUUCCCCUAGUCUCAGCUCGUCGGACGAAAGCUACUCACGGACGACUGACGCUUCCCCUUCUCCCCCUAGACCCGCUCCCUGGUUGCCCCCUCCUAGACCGCAGCGAACCGAAAACAAUUCCGCGUAUGACUAUCCGCCUAUUCGACUUAACAAACCCAGUCCUAAUAUUAUAAACGAAAUAUAUGCCAAACAUAAAUUGAAUAAAAAAGCUUCCCUCGAAGAGAAAAUUCUCGACAGCAGUAUAAACUUUCAAAAGGAGGAAGAAAAAUUACAAAGAAGCAUUAUAAAUAUGCUUCAGGCCUCAGUCAAGAGGGACGGAUGCAGUCAGACCGAUAAAAAAGACGUCCCGCAUCGCCUCACACAAAGAACGAGUUCUUUUUCAAGUUCGGGAAGUCGGCCGAAUAAUUUAAAACAUUUAAAUCAUGACAGCAGGGAAGUGUUCUCGAAACGGAGUCCUUCCGACGUUGCGUGCGUACCGCCUUUUGAGAGAGAGAUUCAGAGGCUGUUGGAUGAUAAAAAUCUUAUUAAAAUUAAUUCUCCUAAAGUAGAAAGAAAGGACCUGAAAUUAGAAUUAAGAGCGCCAAACUCGUCUGUGGAAGCAGUCCGGAAUUGCAACAACAACAACAGCAGUCCGCUGCAUGCGGUGGGGCUGGCGGCCAUCACGCAACUGGCGCGGCAGGAGCCGCCUAGCCCACGCCCCCGCCCCGCCGCCUCACCCCUCAAACCCACCGCGGACUUCCCCGGAGUUUUACCGACCGACGUUGUUGUAGAACUACCCUCUCCGACGCAUUCGACUGAACAGAACUCCAGUGUGCCAAGUGUAAAAAAGACAGAACCAGCAAUAAUUAAAGAGAAGCAUGAAAAAGAAUUACAGGACAGACUGCAAAACCGGGUGACCACUUCUAAUCAUAGAGAGAUGGGUGUCUACGGGGAAAGUCAGUCGGAGUGGAGCUCGUCUUGCUCAGAGGGAGAAGGAGAGGGUGACGGUGGGCAGCCGGAGAGCACCGGCUACACCACGGACGAUCCAGCGUUAGAGAACGUGUCAAUGCUGAACGAGGCAGGCCUCACGGACGCAGAGGCAGCCUUGAGCGACGUCAACUCUUGCUACUUCGAUAGGGACGACGACGUCUCAUCCCGCGCUUCCUCUCGCCUUUUGGACUCUGAAGCACUCGUGUCACUCGAGUCCCUCAGCGCCAUCUAUGAUUCCGAUGAACCAGCGCACAGGUACUUAGCGAACAUUCGAACGGUAAGCGAAUCGAUAACGAGGAACUUUGGCCAGUCCGCACACGUCACCGAUGGUGAGAGCGAUGUUUAGCAGCGGCGGAUGUCACUUCGGGGCUUCGUUCACAAUUCGUUUUGUGUUUAAACAUGACAGACGUUCCAAAGAAAUAUAAGUCUGAAUGGACGGCAAAAGUGUAUUGAGCUCUCUUCUUAAUUAAUACUCAGUUCUGGAUUUAGGACGUGGUGGUGAUUACUGUUCGAGGAUGUUACCUUGCCCGAAAAGUUAAACACUUCAUUAAUCAUUGCUAUUGAACUGCUAACGUGCCUGAUUUAAAUCCUGUGUGUACUUUAUAAUUAUAUUAUGUAAAUUGUCAAUAUGUACCUAUUAAUGACACUGUAUGAUAUUCAUUGUACAUUUACGAACGCCAUGUGAUGGCUCUUCGAAUCAUCUAGACGUAUGCGGUGAUCUCUACAAUUAUAAGGUGCUCUGAUUUAGAAUUAUUAGUUAUUUGUCUUGUGAUAAAGAAGUAGGGAAUUCACUAUACGAUCGACCAAUAUCUGUAAACGUCGGUGUUAGCGUAAGGGCUGGUCCCUCUGUAAUAACUAUAGAAUCAUCCAAAGGACUUGUUUGUGAGAUUGUCGGCUAGUGUGGUUCAGUGAUGACGUAUUAAUUUUGCAUUUCAAUUCAUAUUAUUUAAGCAUAAUAUUGUUGUUACCACAAUUUACUGUACUGCUACUAAUAUAAGAUAGCUUACUGCGAAUCAUCUGUUGCUAUUAUAUUUUUAUCUCUUGUUUAAUUUCUCCUUAAUUCUAGUCAGCUUUUUCCUACUUCAUAUAUAUCUUUAUAUGUAUUUCUUUUCUUCUAUACAAGUAUUAGCAGUAAAUAUCGGUGCCAUUGCUCUUUAAUUUUAUGUGACUUAAACGAUCAGUAAAAAAAUGAUGUUUAUCAAGCCAAUAUGAUGAAAUGAUUUAAGUACAAAUAAUAUUUGAUUUUUGCAAUAUUAUGUUAUAGGGUUGUAAGCUUUUUUGUAUUAAGUUAUUCAUUUAAUUCUCUAUCUCUCUAUCUCUCAUCUGUCUCGUAAUACUACUUUCGUCUGAUUUAAAACUAUUUUACAAACAAUUUAUAGUAUUUAGAAAAAACCGAGAGUACAACAACUGCAUAGAACACCAGUAUCGAAUAUUUGUUGUAGAAUAUUCCCACAAUAUUUUAGAAUCUUAUAUUGUUUAUUGUAACAUAGUUUUGUGUCAAUUUCGUGUAUCCUUUAAGUAUAAGUGUAAGUGAAAUGAACAACUCGUUUGUGACUAAGGUAUAAUGUGAUUGAGUAAUUACAUAUGACUGCUAUAUUAUUAUGAAAUGCUUAAGGAUUAUUUAACUAAGCUUGUACUUAUUAAAAUGCGAUAAAUAGAUUGCAUUGCCCAAGUUUUGAUGGUCGUGGAACACAAAAUGAUCUAUUAAUUAAUAUAAAUAUUAUUUUUACGGAUCCAACGAUGCUUUGAAAGUAUUAUAACAGCUUGGAUUUUUCUUUUUAUACCAACAAUGAAGUCAAUUAUCGCAUGAUAAAAAUGAAAAUUAUAAAAUGUAGCUUUGGCCAUGGGAUUGCGAAUUUAAAAGAAAACUUGAAAUACUUCUACGAAUUUAUAAAAACGGUUUACUGUAUCAUACUAAAUAAAAAAAUAAAUUUAUAUUUUGUGCUACUCCACACAAAAAAAAUGUUUUUUUUUUUAAUGCACAGUAAGAAAAUUUUUAAUUUUUAUAAUUGUUUUUAAAGCUCAAUUUUCUAAAGUCAUCUUUUAUCAAUGAUGAUCAAGUCAGCUUGUCUUAGUCGUUCAUUUUUUUAUUAUUUUGUAGAAAAAAAAAACAAAGAUGAUGUUCAUUUGUUCAGUAUGAUGAAGUGAUGAUUAUGUAAAAUCAAGUGUCUUUUAACACGAAAGGAGUUUUAGUAAAUAUUGUUAAUCUUUGUAAAUAUUGUUAAUCACCUAUCUAGCGCUGUAAUCUAAGUAGUUUAGAGCAUGCUGUGAAAAUAUAUCUUAUUUUUGGAAGGGAUCUCUUAUUUGCAAUCAGUCUUCUCAGUAUGUCAAUUUUUAAAGAUUUUUCUCGUUAAAAUGUUUAGGUGUAGUGCCAAAUAUUUUGCUUAAUUAUCUCGUUGUAUUUAUUUCAAAACUUACUAUUUAUAUGUUCAUGGUAUUAGUUUAUGUAAUAUUAUAUUUUUUACAAAACAUCUAUGAAUAAACUUAGUUUAGAACUUCCGACUAAACCAGUAGUAACCAUCGACAUAAAUGACAUGUAGAAAAUUAUAAAUUGGUAAUUAAAAUUAUUUAUGUAAUUUAAAUAAUAUAGCUGAUUUAGUCACAGUGAAGAUGUUUCGAUAUAUAUAUUAGAAUAUACAAUUAUAAAUCAACUUAUGACAUAAAAAUAAAUAAAUAUAUUGUAUGUGUUAUGCAAUAAACUAUCGAAAUGGUGUUGAGAUUAUUGCCCUCUUGCUUAGCUUUCAUAUUGCAAGAGCAGGAAGCGAAAUGGCCUUCAAUAUUUCAGUAAUGUUUGAUUAAUUUAUCUCUAAUAUUAAUUUGUAUUGGUCUGUAUUGUUAGUAUAUUAUAAACCUACUACCUAUAUUAGAAUCCGUUAGACUGUAUUAUGACAAACAAUUUUAUUGUUCCUAAAUCAGCUACCACCAAACAAAUGUUUGCCAAAUAUCAAUGUAUUAAUUAAAUUAUUAUUACUGUAUACUUCAAAUUCUGCAUACUUGAGUGAAUUACGUGAUAUAUUUAUUUAUUUCAAUUAAUUAAGCAAUAAUAAUUACAUACAAAUAAAGAGGUUCGAAAGACCGG